CAACCCAUGCCAAGUAAUGAGAGCUGUCUUCCUGCUGACAAAACUACCAGCACUGUUUGAUAGGUUUAGCAAGAUAAACCCAUGUGAACCUCCGUGAUUUUUCUCAUUUUGUUUCACCCAAAAGCAGGAAAGGCUUUCUCCUUGGACAUUAAUUUUGGAAAUUCUGAAGUGCUCUUUGGGGAAACUUUUCAAAGAGGUCCUUCGCAGUGCAGAUAGCACACACACCUGGUGGCUGACAAACCUGUGCCCGAGGGACUUUGCCAAGGAGCAGCUCCCAAUCCUGCCAUGCUGGAGCUUCUGGGGACCAGUGCUCACCUGUAACAGUAGAGGACAAGAGCUUCAGGUGAGACAUUUAUCUGCUCUUUCACUCCUCUGCUGGGAGCACACAUAUCCCACAUGAAUAACAUGGAGCGACAAUCUUCCAAUGGCCAGAACUCUUCAGCAAGAAUUAUUAUUCUCAAAUAGUGAAAAUAAUAAUAGGAGGUGUUGUCCUAUAAUCAACGUCCAGCUACCUCAGCAGCAAAACAGUGGGAUGUGUCUGUGUCAGCUCUCUAUGACUGUUCAGGACAAAAUGAGAACACAAAAGAUUUUGAAUUGGGUAUGUUGCUGCAGUGCUUGGAGACAUGCCAAGAGCGGUGGGGGUCCCUGCUGCAUCCUCACCUCCCAAGACACUGUGGCUGUUCAGUGGAAAUAUUGUUGUGCCCCUGGGAUGGAUCCCACAGACAAGCAGAGCAAAUACAGAAAAAAUCUCCAGACAUGUUCUGCAGAUAUUUUUUCUUCUUCAGUCUGUGUCUUUUCCUUCCAACCCAAAGGGUCCUGGCACUGAGAGCAACAAAGGCUUGGCCUCCCACCUCCUCCUGCCCAAAGCAAGAACAAACUCCUAACUCUUCACUCAGUUACACUUUUCUCAGGAGCUCUCUGGGCCAUGGAUCCAGCUUGCACGGCAGGGGCACAACAUUCUUUCCUGGAUUUGAGAACCUCACCAUGGGAUACAACAAAUACCUCCGGCCCUACUUUGGUGGAGAACCCGUACAGAUUGCAAUGAGUCUGGACAUUGCAAGUAUUUCUAGUAUAUCUGAGAGUGACAUGGAUUACACAACCACCAUCUCCCUGCGGCAGCGCUGGACAGAUCCUCGGCUGGUCUUCCAUGGCAACAAGAGCUUCACGCUGGACGCUCGCCUUGUGGAGUUGCUCUGGGUGCCAGACACCUACAUUGUGGAGUCAAAAAGGUCCUUCCUGCAUGAUGUCACCGUGGGCAACCGCCUCGUCAGGCUGUUCUCUAAUGGCACUGUCUUGUACGCCUUAAGAAUCACUACUACUGUUGCCUGCAACAUGGACCUAUCAAAAUACCCUAUGGACACACAAACAUGCCGACUGCAGCUAGAAAGCUGGGGCUACGAUGAGAGCGAUGUCACCUUCACCUGGCUGAGGGGAAACGACUCCGUGCAUGGCAUCGAGAAGCUGCGGCUCUCCCAGUACACGGUGGAGCGCUACCGCACCCUGGUCUCCAAGUCACAGCAGGAGACAGGCAAUUACCCACGGCUGAUAUUACAGUUUGAACUGAGAAGAAAUGUCCUUUACUUUAUUUUGGAGACCUAUGUUCCCUCCACUCUUCUUGUCAUGUUGUCUUGGGUUUCUUUUUGGAUCACACUGGACUCAGUGCCUGCAAGAACCUGCAUUGGAGUUACAACAGUGCUUUCUAUGACAACUCUGAUGAUUGGCUCACGAAGUUCACUUUCAAAAACCAACUGUUUCAUUAAGGCCAUUGAUGUUUAUCUUGGCAUCUGCUUCAGUUUCGUCUUUGGUGCCCUUGUGGAAUAUGCAGUGGCUCACUAUAGCUCAUCACAGAAGAGUGCAGCUAAAGUACCACAAGAGGGGCCUGUAAAUGAACUGUCUGAUGAAAUGGAAGAAGUUAACAUCACCAACAUCCUCAACAACUCCUUCACCAGCUAUAAACAGAAAAUCAGCUUCACAAGCAUUGAAAUUUCCAGCGAUAAUGUUAACUGCAGUGAUUUGACCAUGAAAAGUCAUGAGAAAAUCAAGUGUGUCUUGAGAAACAAAAUGCACAGGAUUAUUGGUUUUUUCACAAUUCAGAACCCCAGCAAUGUGGACCAUUACUCCAAAUUGCUUUUCCCUUUGUUUUUCAUGGUGGUCAAUGUAUUUUAUUGGGCUUAUUAUCUAUAUUUUUAGUAGAAAUUAUUUGCUUCAUUCUCCUACUUCAGCAGGAAGGGAAUUAUGCCAGUGGGCAUCCAGGUACCUAACCUCAGUGAAUUCAAUGUGGACAAAAAGAUUCCUUGUGUUUCCUGAGGUACCAAGCAGAAGUGUGUGAGAUGGGCAUGCAUCAGCAGCACUGACUCUGACAGCAUCUGUUCAGCUGAGUGGCUGUCCUGGGCUCUUCUGCUCAUACCUGCAUUUCAUUCCACACCUCACCUGGCUGGAGGUGGGUGUGCAGGACUCCUCUGGCAGCUACAGAGAACUACAGGCGGCAGAAUUAUUUUGGUACCUUGGAGCAGGUUAGAACCUUUGAGUUGAGAUGUACCAGAGGAUGUAUAAGAUAAUGACUGGGUUUUUUUUUUUAUUUUGUUUUCCAGAGAGAACAGAGAGACUGUGAUUGCUGGCUCAAUAGCUGCUCUGUUGCAGUGAGAGCCCUGAGGCAGCAGCAGUAGCUCAGUGCAGUGCAGCACAAAGGGAUGCUCCCGUGCGUGGUGCUGCUUUGUCCCGGGUGCUGCAGUGCCAGGACAGUGAUUCGGUACUGCACAGUGGUGCCUCACUGCUUUUAACAUCUGUCACUCACUGAGGUAACCCUCACUUGCUGAAGUUCUCCAUUCCUGAGACAGAUGGAAUGUUGUUGUUUGUAGAGCAACAUUUUUUCAGAGAUUUGGAAACAUGAAAUAGAGGCAGCAAAAUCAUUUUCUAACCCAUGUCUUAUACUCUUCCUGCUGUUUUGCAACUGAACAUAUUCUACCACUUUCCAUGUCUUCCUCACAAAUUAUUUUUUUUGUCCCAGACAGUGUUACCUUCAGCCUUCACUGCUACAAGCAGCUCAGUCCUUGCCAGCCAUAGGUACAAGUGGCCCAUUUGUCAUCCCCUCCUUUAUGUGGCUAUGCAGCUGUGGCAAGUCAGCAGUGCUGCUGGGUGAAAAACGUGCAUGGGUUGAGGUAGGCUAGUCUAAAUCACUCUUUCACUCUCUAUUUUAGGCUGAAACACUGUUAAUUUUUUGAGAAUAGUCAUAUUCUAAGUGGGCUUUGGAACCUGCCAAAAGUCAGCUUUGUUUAUCCUGCAAUCAGCAGGAACCAGAGUUUUCUUUUAAAUAUAAAUGAAAAGUGGAUACACAGUUACAUUAAAAACCAAAUGCCAUUUGGUACCAUGUAGCUUAAGAGUACGGUAAAUCUUUAUUUGCUGAUUGUAAAAUGAACAUGUUAUGGCAGGGUCCCCCACCCCAGCACCAUUUUUUGGUCUGUGCUGCUUUCAUCACUGAGAGGGGGAAAUCCUGCAGUUAUGUGGGCAGAACUGGAGCUGCUUGCAGUGGCUGCAUUCAGCAGAGUUCUGGCUGGGUGAGGCCUCUUAGUUUGUAGCUUAUGCUACAGUCUCAGCAGGCAGUGUUUGCUUAGCUUAAGGAUCUUUUCUUGGGGGUUCCUAGGGAAAGUGAGCAGAGCAUGUGAAACUAUAGAUUUUUUACUUCAAUAACUUUUUAUUGAACCACUCCACCAUGCUGUACUGUGAGGGAUCUAACCCACAUAUUCAUAAAUCAUCACUUUUACAAAGAGCAGUGCAAAUAGACAGAGGGGAACCGGCUGACAAUGGCAAGUAGAUAAACACAAACUCCAAUAAUGAAGUGUUGGCUUGUAUAUACUGGCACUUGAAGUCCAUUCCAUUAAAUCUAAUAAAGUGAAUGUUUGUGAUAUGAACACAACCCCUCAGAGAGAUUCUCUACUAAAAAAAAAAAAAAAAACAAAAAAAACAAAAAAACACCAAAAAAACUAAAAAACAUUAUUUCUUUUCUGUGUUGGUUUCUUUCUUUAAAACCCAACAAAAAUGCCCUAAUGUGUUUUACAUUAGCUGCCAAAUAUUAAUGUUAACAAAAGGAAUUUCUUUGUAUAGAGUCCUCCAAGAUGAUCAAGUCCAGCUCUUCUUUUCCCCAGCCCUGCCAAGGCCACUGUUAGCUCUUUUCCCCAAGUACCACAUCCAUAUGGCUUUUAAAUCUCUUCAGGGAUGGACACUCCACCACUGCCCUGGGCAGCCUGUUCCAAUGCCACCACCUUUCCAGUGAGGAGAUUUUCCAUAAUAUCCAACCUGAGCCUCCCCUGGCCCAGCUGAGGCCGUUCCCUCUGCUCCUGUCCCUGUUCCCUGGGAGCAGAGCCCGACCUUCCCGGCUGUCCCCUCCUGUCAGGGACUUGUGCAGAGUCACAAGGUUCCCCCUGAGCCUCCUUUUCUCCAGGCUGAGGCCCUUUCCAGCUCCCUCAGCCUCUCCUCAUAUGACUUGUGCUACAGACCUUUUCCUAGAAAGGCCUUUUCCAGCCUGAACAAUUCCCUGAAUUCUGCAGGUGGCUGCCCACAGGGCUUGCUUUCAUUAGCCACAGCUUUUGUUGCAACUUUGAUGUUUUGACAUGGCUCAAGUCUGGCACCAGAGGUGAAUCCUAUUUUCCUCAAGGGACAGGAGUAGUUUAUGCAAGAUCCAUGGGGAGCAGAGACAAGGUGAGAGAAUAUUGCUUACCUCACAGCUUGGUUUCUGGUUGCUUUCCCAGAGUAGGACCAAUAUAGAAAUAUCUGUGCAUUCAUUGUCAUGGAGAACACUCAGUAUUGCUGUGAGAGAAAGCAGGAGCAGCUGAAGGAACACCCCCCAUAUUUCCUCUCUGUACCUCAUUUCCUGGCUGGUUUUAGAGACAGGUAGUUUUUGCUAAUGUGACUUUCCAUUACAAAGUCUUUAUUGCUUUGUGUAAUAAAUGAUCAAGCCCAAUUUCAUGAAUCAAAAGAUAGAGUUUUAUUUCAAGAUUUAAACUCAGUCUCUAACAGCCACAAUUAAAAGGAACAGUGUUGAACCACGGGUUUCGGCACAGGGUGAACACAGAAACGGACCCUAUUGCUCCAAACCUACCCUGUUCACAAAGUGUGUCUUGACCUGCUGGCUUUUGUACAGUCUUUCGCUGAGAGUGGAGAGCUACCGUGUUACUCGUGUCCUUUUUUUGCUUCAUCAGGUAUUCAUGUCCAUGUCUCCGGUCAGUUGACUGGGUUCCUGUGGUAGCACAAUGUCGUGAUUGCUUACUCCAGAGUGGUGUUUAGAGAUGUAAAACUCGGCUGGAGCACAUAAGAUACCUAUCUGGUGUUGAUCACUGCGUCGUUAGCAGAUUCAUCUCUGGGGGAGACGCGUUUUAUUUAAUCAUCUCUUCUAUUCACUGAGUGAAUGGGUGUUCUGAUGGCUUCCCGGCAGAGACCCUCCCUGUUUCUCAACCCUCAUGUCCCCCUCUCACAUUCCUCUUUCAAACCCCAAGUACAUUUUAUAUUUUACAAAGCUUAAUUCAGAUCGAACGCGAAUUAACUUUGUAUUACAUAUCACAAGACUGAACACGAAUUAACUUUAUGUUACAUAUCACACUUUGGAAAAUAUUAACUUUGCUCUGUAGACAGAGAGGACCUACAGUUAUUAGUGGAAUAUGCUAAAGAUUUAGUUCCCAGUAAUAAUAGGGCUAAACCACAGCAACACCAGAGGCAAAACCAAUAUUAUUUGAAAUUAAACUUCUCAUAAAUAUCCAGCUAUGAAGUAAUUUUUUUAUCAGCUGCUCCUAUAUAAACUGGACAAGACAAACUGUCCUAUCAGUCAGCAUUACGGUUGCUGAGAAAAAUGUCUCUGUAUUCAUUGUCUGCAAGUUUUGGAGCUCUCCCUUUCCAUUAGACUUUCCCCAGAAACACUGUGGUUGCCACUCUGAAGAACUUUGUUGGUAGCAGCACCAGUAUCAGGUUUGGGCUUCAGCCUCCUCAUGUUCCUCCUGUCUCUGCCUCUGCAGGGGAUGGAUGGACAGGCAUCCAUAGCAGGCAGAGCUGACACUGCUCAGACUGUCAGCUAAACACACACUGAAACAUUGCUGAAGUCAGAACCAUGCGGCUUUGGGGUUUUCUAUUUUGUUUUCUUCCAGCUGCUCUCCAAAUGCUUGGAGCACAUUUUUUGCAGGUCUGCAGUAAGAGCUAGGCCAGUCUUCCAACUCCUGUUGCAUGCUGAACCCAGAAGGGGCUGAGAAUAGCGAGGGGCCCACAUGGACAUGGCUGGACACUUUCACACUCAUGCCAACUACACCCUAGGGUCAGAGGUAAGUGGGUGCUGUGAUACAUGACCUAAAGUUAAUUUGUGUUGUGAAGUGUAAUUACUCUACGAUGAAAUGUAAUAAUAUGCAAUGUAAAAUUGACCUGCUUUCAGUCUAAGUUGUGAUCGGUAAACCUAAGGUAUGUUUAGGGUUAACUAAGACUAAAACAGCAUGGAGGGACACGAGGGUCAAGAGAAAGAAGGAAUUUCUGCUGGGAAUCGCUCCGGGACAAACCUACAGAAAGGCACCACUAGCGGAAAAUGGGAGAUGGGCGCGCUAACGAUUGAGUGAUUAGAUCAGAUUGAUAUCUUAUCUGUUCCGGCCUGAUUUAACAUUUCCAAACCUCCUCCGGACACGGCAAUCACGGCAUUGUUCCACCUUGAGAAUCCAUUCAACGGACCCAAGACCUGAACAUGAAUACCUAAUGAAGCUACCACGGAGGGGGAGUCUUACAGUCUCGGUCCACUCUCAGCGGAAGACUGUAUAAAAACCAGCAGUAU